GGCGUGCAGUGUGUUCUGGGCCGCCAAGACCAACGCAUCCGCACUCUCCCUUUCACGGCCACGGUCAUCGCACGGGCCUCGACGCGGCUCCUCGUUCGUUCGGGAGGGAGUAUAUAUAGAGAGAGAUCCUCUUUAUCUUACGCUCGCUCUUUUUAGUUUUUUUUGCGUCCUUUGUAGUUCGCGAGAAGGAGGAUCUUAUGUUUGUUUUUUGUAUAUGAGGACGCUUUAUAUCAAGCUUGUUCAGUGUGUCUGGAGGCGUUUUAAAGGAGCGUUGACAUCACCCAAGUUCUCCUGAAGUCUGUGAUCGGCAAAAUAAACAAGACUUCUUUCAUCACUGAAAUUCAGAAGCUUCGACGUCAACUACGGCCAGAGUGGUCGUAGUUCUGAAGCAAAAAUCCUGCAGGAACUAGGACGUCGAUGACCUGACAGACGCGUUGUCAGGAUGGUCGGGGUGAAGGUGGUCCUCCUGGCGCUGGUCGUCGGUACUGUAGCAGGUGUUUCGCUGAAGUGCGGAGAGGACAUCAUAGUCAACCGCGGCCAAAAGAAGGUCUUGAAGUUCUGGAGUUCCGAAGAUCGAUUCCUCAACGUGGACGUCAUCCAUAGGAGAGGAGAAGUGAAAGUAGGAGGAAAGGGAGAUGGAGAAACGAGAGUCAAAGUGAAAGGAAGAAGCACAACGACAACAGCAAAACCAACCCCCAGUACCACCAGCCGGUCCAGUAGCAAUACUCUAAAGACCGGAGGACAAAAGAAGGAACCGCCUCCUGUUAAGCAGAGUCAGAGUGACUUGUAUUACUCUGUAGGCGCUCGAGUGACUCCCCAGCCUCCCACGACGACCCAGUCUUUGCAAACAGAAGUAGACGUCGCGAACCACACUCACCAAAACCGAAGUAGCGAAGGCUCUCAUAAACAGCGGCCGGGCGAAGGCCUCGGUGUGAACACGGUGUUUUUAGAGGACUCGAUUGUCUAUGAUUACAAGACGGAUGAUGACUAUGUUGACGAUGCUGAUGAUGCUGACAAUACGCUGUCUCUUCAACAGGGAAUCCUGACUGAUGAUGUCAAUACUACUGAGAUUCACCAUGAACAAAAAGGUGACCUGGACGUGCAUCAGCCCGUUGUUAAUCAGGGAGCGGACAAAAAACACCACCUGAAUAAGGUGGGUCAUCGCGGCCAACAGAUAAUCUCAACGCAAGUGUUGCCUCCAUUAACUGCCUCAGAUAAGUUUUCUGCCAUUCGAAACAGCGAAACACAAACAGAACGCACUGAUGAAUUAGACAGCAUUACAACGGAGAGUCAAGAAAUGCAAGAUCAAGAAACGACCGUUAAUCCACCAAUGGAGACAGAAAUUCCUGGAUCACUAAAGGAUACAGACUUUGAAGACAUGAAUGACACCACAGAAGCCACUACUCAUAUCCCCGAUCUCCUCCGUUCAGAAGAAAUAACCACCACUGUCCCAGAACCUGCCGAAUCAACAGACACUUCUGCAGACAAGAAUAUCUCUAUCCUGCACUUGAGUGACGAAGACUUGGUGACAGACGAACCAAAUAUUUUUGCACCUACGGAAGCUGUCGAAUCGUCUACUGACAGGAUACAUGGGGACACUAUAGAUUUUCCUCUCAAGGAUGACGGGGAAGGAGGACAAAAGGUAACAGAGGCCUCACCAAAGAAACCCAGCGAGGAUGGAACGAUUGCAGGAGACAAAAACCAGACCACAGACGAUGGGGUGACUGAAUGGACCUCCUCAGUGAGCAGGCAGCCAACCAUCACCCCACGAACCCCAGGGGAGGAAGGAACGAAUCACCAGGUGGACUCUAUGGAAUCCUCUACAGACGGAACAAUGCGGGAUCAAGGAGAAAGAACGGAGUCGCCCUUCACAAGCCAAAAUCGUCUUAAGCAACCGCCAACAGUUCACGGCGAUACCAAACACGCAGGGACUACAGGGGCAGACCAAGAUAACCUUCUUGAAGUUUUUGUCGACGAUGUACCGACGAUGGUCUCACCGGGAAGUAUAAAGAAUGAAAUUCUCAUCCCAGAAGAACUGCUGCAGAAAACGCCAUCUGAAGCUACCACUGAGUUUCUCAGUGAAUUUGCAGCUGCAGGAUUCCUACAGGAGGAUGGGACUAGUGCAGAGGACUUUAGGACAACCACCAUUAUCCCAACAACGGAGGAAGUUUCUUCAUCAGAAGUAGAAUCAAAAUCAAAAGUAACAUAUUCUAAAACAGAGGAGAGUGAUGCCAGUACAUCUGAGGCAACAACUCUGAAGUAUCAAACAGAUUUACAAAGCAUCAAUGAAAUCGUUCCUGAAAGUGGCGAUGAUGUCGAAAAUGCUCUAGAAAGAUCUGAUAUUAUUCAUGAUUCAGAAGAAAAGUCUGGAGCCUCUAAUUCUGAAGAAAGUUCUGAAGAACACAGCAUUUCCAAAGAAAGCAAUACAACUGUGUCUGAAACAGCUAACAGCACUGAAAGAUCGGAAUCGCUUACUACUACAGAAACUUCAAACCAGUUUAACAAUAUAGAAAAUUCUGAAAUGCAUGAUAACACAGAGAUCCCUGAAACACUUGAUAUCACUGAAAGGUCAGAUAUAUUGGAUACUACAGAACAGUCUAAUAGAAUUGAAGCCGCAGAUAAUUCUGAAGUGUAUGAUACCACAGAUAUAUCGGAAAUGCUUGAAGUCACAGAGAAGUCGGAAAACAUCGAUGCCACAGAAAGUUAUAAUGUGCUUCAUUCCACUGAAAGACAUGCAGCGGCUGACACCACAGAGAGAUCAGAAGUGCCUGAAACGACAAAAAGAUCCGAAACACUUGGCAUCACUGAAGUCCCAGAAGGUCUUGAUGUUACAAUAAGAUCUGAUAUGCUUGACGCAACAGAAAGAUCUGAAGUUUCUAACACCACAGAAACACCUGAAAUUUUCGAUGCUACAGAAAGGAUGAAUGUGCUUGAUGAUGCAUCUAUGAUGGAGAACACUGAAAGGUCUGAGAUACCUGAUGCCUUCUUUACAACAGAAGGUAAGGAACUGUUUGAUACUAAGGAACGGUCAGAUUUGUCUGAUACAACAGAACGUAUUCAUUUCCUUGAUGAGGAAUUAAUAACAGAAUAUUCUGUGAGUGCAGACCGAGAGAAUGUUGUUGGUGAUAGCAGUGAAGAAAAGGUUGAUUAUCAUAAUCGUAUUGCAGCAGAAGAGGUGGAAGAAACAACAGAGAAGUACGUCCCCAACGAUAUCAUAACAGAAGGCAAUUUGGAAAUGAGUGUGGGUGAUAUAACUACUGUAAGUGAAGGAUUAAUUACACUUGAGAAUGAUGAGGUUCCUCAGCAGAAUGUAUUCUCGGCUGGUGGCGCCUACGAUUAUUAUUAUGUUGACUAUAUUUACCGUCCUGAUGAUGAGGCUGAGUUCGAGACCAACCCUUAUAUCAGUAGUGUUGAUUUUGAUGACACCAAUGAAGACGGUGCCAGCACACAGGCUCCAACAGGAAGUGUAAAAGAGGAUGACAGACCUGCUCAAACUACAAUGUUUCCCAUGGUUCUUCCGGCUGAGGUACUGAAGGAAGAAGGUGAAGGAAUUACAACUGCAAACAUAGAUACUGCAUCCACUGAAAGCCCUUACCACAUGACAGUUACCACACAGCAAACGACAAUGGCCGGAGGAUUCAAGAUUAAUGAGUUAGAGGAAGCAGAUACUGCAGCUAUAAUGUCUACAGCUGAUGAUUUCAAGGCAGAGGAUCAGACGACUGUAAGGACCACAGAGUUAGUUAUUGAGAAUGACGGUCUCGUCAGUGGCUCAGUCUCUCUCAUGGAUACAGAUGAUGAGGCAGACCCAGUAAGGAAUACCACAACACAAGAAGCAAGUAGUGGCAAUGAUGGUUCUCUGACAGAUAGUUUAUUCAACGAGAUAAUUGAUAGUCUAACCAUCGCCCUGGAGAACGCACCUGAGGAGAUACAAGUCCCUGUAGGUGAUUUUACUAUCAACAUAAAAGACCUUUUCGAAAUUGCAAACAACAAGAACAAAAGCGAGAAGACAAAUACCAACUUGACUUCAGCAGAGCUUCCUGUCGAACACCGAGACAAAAUAACGCUUAUAAGGAGCGAUGCUGUGGAGGACGAAGCUCAGGUAGAAGUCACGACUGAGGCUGAAUCGCCCUUUGCCCUGGAGGAUGAGGAACCAGAGACAAUGCUCAGAACAGAUUCCUUAAGUAUGGCAGGCUUUAUGGACCACAGCAUGUUGGAGAUGACAACCACAGAGGUGCCGCUGGAAGAAACGACACAGGAAGUAAUUUAUGACUACCCUGAUGUUGCUGAUGAAGACGGCUUCAAGGGUUAUGAUUACUAUGAAAGUCUUGUGGACUCCCUUUUGGCUCAGGACAGGCCUUAUGGUCAGAAUAAGACUGAGCAAGCAGUCUCACCAACGAUUGGUAAUGAAGAUGUGGUAGCAGUGCCUUCUGUUACAAGUUCUGGGCAAAAAUAUGUCUAUCCGACUCUUGAAUUCUCAAUGGAUGAUGUAAAAACUACAGCUGAACCACAGACUACAGUAGCAGUGAGCAGCAUGGAGGUAACACCAUUGCAAAACAGGAGUUCAGAAGGUGAUGGCUUGGAAAUAACAACUAUUUCCUAUGAUGUGGCCGAUACUUCAUUUGAUGAUGGCUCUGAAAACAGUAGUUCAGAAAACACAGUGGAAACAACUACCGUGUUUUCUAUCCCAUAUCUUAUCUUGCAAAACCAGGCUAUGCUGGACGAAAUUCUGACCAAUCAAAAGUUGACCGGAAGUAGCUCUGUCAUAAUCAAGGAACAAGGAAGCAAAGUAGCAAUUAGCUCCCCUGCACAAGAUGAAUCUUCCAGAGUAGAGGGAGUUACUGGUGAAAACACAGAUGAUGCAUAUACCGCAACCCAAUCCUCCUCUGAUAAUGGCGAUAUAUCAGGGAAACCAACUGAGAAUGUUACCAGUUCCUCUUAUGAAGUUGUGACCGAUGAAACACAAAAAGCUAAUGAGUCCGAUGUGCUAACAAGAGGGCCAGACACUGUUACUGGUAAACCAGAUGUUCAGGUUAGGAAACCGGGCACUAUAACUGACAGUUUAGAUGCACUUAUUGACAAGCUAGAAAACUUGGCUAACCAGAUAUCCAAUAAUCAAACAAACAAACCAGAAACUACAACAGAAACACAAAAAGGAGACAAUAACAUCAUCAGUCUAAAUACAAAAGGUGAAAGCACUGAUUCUCUGCCCCAGAGCAAUAAGACUAUAACAGACAAACCAGACGAGCUGUCCGAGAAAUCAGAUAUUGUGACAAAUGAACCUAAAACAGCCGCUGAUCAACAAGAGAUUUCAACUGCCAAGCCUGAUGCCAUUGCAGCUACAACUAGCACCUUGAAGGUUUCAACAAGCAAAGCAACAGAGCUCCCUAGCCCAGUAUCUGCUGAACCCGCCGUGCGUGAAGAAGCUACAGAGUAUUUCUGGAAUUAUGUGAGCCAGAAGACCAACACGAGUGGUCCCCAAGAAGAUCACGGCUCAGCAGGUGCUGGUGGCUCUGAAGACAGGAAGUCAGUUUCAUCUAUGGAAAGUAGCCAUGACUCUGAGACUUUAAGAGGAGGUGAAGCAAGUGAAGUUAUAAAGACUGAUGAUGAAGCAACAUUGAGGGCUACUGAGCAGAGCUUGUCAUCAACAACAAGUGAGCCAGAUCUUGCAACAAUCCUUCUUCCAUCAUCCUUUAUUGACAGAUUAGGCGAGGUUUCAAAAGAUAAAGAUAGAGAGGAGGAUGCCUUAGCUCCUGAAGCAAGACCUCCAAAUCAUUUUGAUAUCCCCGGAAUUUUCAGCCGUAAGGAUGACGAAGGCUUUACAGAAUAUGGGGGAGACUCGCCUUUCUUUAUCAAGCUUCCUGGAAGUCCAAAUGCUGUGCCAGUAUAUAUCCAGUAUGAGCCUGUGGAGGUCAAGUAUGUUCCCUCAAAACAUGACAAUGAGGCCAGCGAUGAUAACAUAAACUACAGAGAUCCUGUAACUUAUGAGAAUGAUGGAUCUGUGUAUGAAUACCAUGAAAAUCCUGAAACCACUAAAUUGACAGACCGUGAGAGCCAAGUUGCAAAAGAAGAGAACAAACCUGCUGAAUCUUCUGUGAUCUCAUCGAACUCUGAUGCAAUGGUUCCACAAAGCAGUUCUAGUGACACUCGAGGAGGCAGUGAGCAAAAUGAAGCUCAGCAGACUGAAGAAAAUUCCUUCUUGAAUGGGAUCUAUCGUAUUCUGGAUAAUGUGGCUGGAUCUGUUAGCAACCAAUAUCCUCAGAACACAGAAAAUAAGCAGGAAGGACAAAAUUUCAAACCCAACCGACCUGUUGUCAAGACUCCUGACCCCUUCUUCCUCAUGGAAGCCCCAAAACUUGGAGGCUCAUCGGAUGGCUCCUCAUCCCAUGCCUCUCAUGAUGCUACCCAUUCCACUGACGGGCACAACACCGGAUUUUCUGUUGAUGUGUCGAGUCAGUUUGGUUUUGAAAGCUCCAAGCCAGAAACACAAGGUGUACGAACAGGUACCGUGGAGGAUGUACCUAUCGGCACUAAACAGGAAGUACUUUAUCCUGGGGACUAUUACAAGCACGAUGCAUACACUGGAGUUAACCUUUUUGAUUUAACAAAUCCUGUAUUUAAUCUGAGAACCAAAGCAACCACGCCUUCUGCAGAGGACCUUAUGACUCCUCAGUACACACCUUUCCCAAUUACAACCAACCCACCCCGGACUACUGCAACCUUUGCACCCCUAUCUGCCCUGCCUCUCUCUACCUCAUUUAAUGCUCGCGAGGAGGACAAGCGUCUUGGCAACGCACCAGACUAUGCCGUUGACACUGUUAACACAACAACAGAAAGGACCACGUCAGAGAAGCCACCACCCAGUGUAGAAUUUUCACCCAUUCCGUCCAUCGACUUUGCAGACUCUUAUGAUUCUCCCUUCCUACCAGAGACCCUCUUUGACAAAGACAGACCUUUCCCUAUUCCUAUUGAGGAGUAUACACGUGAUCAGACAGACGGGUCGUCAUACAACCAUGCCGAACCUGAUUCUUACAACAACGGCUUCUCUGCAGCUCCUUUCAAAACCUCAGGUGCUCAGGGUUUAAAUAUACCUCCGGAUGGGAUAGUAACACCUGCAUCAAUGGGCCAGGUCGCAGUGGAAAACGAUGGUAAUGACAGUACUCUUCAAGAAAACCACCCUCCACCUUCGAAACCAUUCAUUGCGCAUGAUCAGAUAUGGGCUUUCCCCAAGUCUCGCGAGGAGCCUGGUCAACACGGCUUCCACGACAGCACAGGCCGCGUGUACUCUGCUUUCUACUCUCCUCUCGACGUCCCCGGCAUCGACCCCGCUCUUUUCAGCUACAGGAAGGUGCCAAGUGCCAAGCCAGUUAACUCGGACUACACAAAGUAUCCAACCGGUCAGAAUCCCCCAAGGCUCUUCGAAGACAGCGCCGUUAGGAGCGUCUUCGGCUCCGAAGAUUUCCCGUCGCACUCCUCGAAGUCCGAACACGAUGUCCUCCUUGGACCUCAGUUCUUCGACUACCUCAACACACUGCCUUACGCGCUACUAAAGAAGUUCCUCGACCCUAAUUCACCUCCGGAGACAGAGAGGGUUAAACGCUCCGCCCCGCGCGAGGGGGAACAGAUCUUCUGCGAGUGGAACAUAAGGACGGAGCCUGGUCUUUACCUACUGAUGACUUUCCACAACUUAUCUGCUGCCUACACUGUGGACUGCCACGGCGCCUACAUCGAGGUGGAGAGAGAAAAUAAUGGCUAUGACGCUCGCUGGUGUGGUAACAGGGUGUCGCUGGCUGGGUCACGACCUCAUGUCAUCUUCGCCAAGACUGAGGUCAGGAUUACUGUCUACGAUGAUGGGGCAGGUAACAAGUCCCUCCCCACAGGCUUCGAGGCGGACAUUGAGGUAAUCGACCUCUUCGAUCCCCACGAGUACACUGCUUUCAUGAGAUCGAACGCGUACCCUCACAUACGCCGUCUCCUCUAUGGCUAGUGGUCUACAGUACAAGAUGUGUGAGUCCUUUGUGAUACCAGUAGUGCCCGAUUAAUUCGCCUGACAAUGCUUUAUACUGAAUGAGUGAUCUCCCCUUGCGGUGGCUAUGCUAAAUGCGUAGCUGUUGCGGUGGAUACGCAGAAAGAGUGGUUAUGUUUGCGACGCCUAUACUGGAAGAUAUAGCUUGUGGUGUGUAAGAACACUAAUGGCAAGAGGACAGUGUCGUUUUUGGAUAAACUGCCCACGAGGCUUCGGGACCAUUUUAUCGACGUCGGUCAUUAUGUGGUGAUUGAUACCUCUCGAUGACGUUCAAGUUUAGUGUUGAUUGGUUAAGACCUAUGAAUGACGUCAUAGUUUCCCGUGUUGAUUGGUUAAUAUCUGUCGAUGACGUAAUAGUCUUUCGUCUUGAUUGGUUGAUAUUCAUAGAGGACGUCAAUGUUUUUCGUGAUUAUUAAUACGUUUGAAUGAUGCCAGUGUUUAUUUUUUCGCGGUAUUGAUUGAUACCUUUCGAUUACGUCACUUUUUUCGUGUCAUUGAUACCUUUCGAUGGUGCCAGUGUUUAUCGUUGGUCGUAAUUAUUGAUACCUUCCUGGUAUGUGCGCCAGAGAGGGUCAGUGUGUGACGGAAACGGGCAUUAGAGAAGUCGCUGUUGUAAAGUUGAAGCCCCGUUCCUCCCCUUUGCCGGUCUGACUCUUUUAAUCUUCCGCUGAAAUAUAAUCUUUCAGUUUUUUUCCCUUCUCCUCCUCGUUCCUCCUCCCUUUUUGUCUUUUUAGAUUCUCAGGGCUUCCUUCCUCAUUUCAUGGAUAUUUAAAAAUAAUCCUUUCUUUUUUUAUUUUGUUUCUAAAUUUCGAGAGUCAAAGGCGGGUAACUAGAGGGGCGUGUUGGGCUCGGUUCCUUUUCAACAGCGACUCCUCGACCCUUUAAUAUAAUGAAUACUGUGUAUAACGUAUGAUUAAUGUACUAUAUAGUAGACAUAUCUACUCGUGUGUUAUUUUAAAACGAUGGAAGUGAUGAUUUUAACAUCAUGCUGUAGCAUAUUUUGAUGACAGUAGAGGAAUUUGUUAAUCGCUGAUCGGUAAAGAUCCAAAUUUGAUUAACUUUUGUUUCUUCUAAAUCAAAUUAAGGGCAUUAUAAUUUCUGAUUUGAUUUGUAAAAAAAAAUAAGUUGUAUGAUAUUACUACUCCCCCCCCCCUCCGUUUUAUAUACGUUGUAAUGUGAAAGUCUGGAGACCCUGUUUAUAUCUGUGAUGUGUGUUUAUGAUAUGCAAUUGUGUGUGAAACGGAGAUAGAACUUAGUUUCUUUUAUGUAUAUAUAUGUAAUGAUACAAAAUAAUGAUUCUGGACUCGCUCUCUUCAAACAAAACAAAAAUCAAAAGAGAAAAAAAAAAUAAGAAAAAGAAAAUGCACACAAAGUUACCACUCCAGUGCAUCGUACUUUUAUUAGCAUGAAGUAUGAGAGCUGGAUUUUGCACAAUGCUAUGUAAAAAAACAGCCAAGCAAAAUGCCAAUUCCAUGUUAGUUGAACUUGCUACUCAAAUAUCUCUCAGAAACUUAACAGCUGAAGUAUAAAUAAGCGUUGCUAUCAAAUUAGAUACGUUUAUUUUUUUCAACGUUUCUAGAAUGAAAGGCUCUUGUGAAAUAAAAAUCCCUAACAAUUUCUUCAAACCUAGCCGUCACUAGUUUUGCCUGAAUUAAGAACAUUAUGGUAGUACAGGUAAUAAUGAGAUUACUGUACUUUGAGGUAUCGAUACAGAUACUAAUGAAAGUCUCACCUGUAUUUUGAAUGGUGUAGUUCCCACAGGUAAACGUGAUGGUCUUCUGUAAUGCCAUAUUGUAGUUACCUGAUUAAAGUGUAGAUGUGU